AUGAGAACUGGUUUUCCCAUACGAUUAUGGACUUGGAGACAGGCACCCAUUAAGAAGUCCAAGGUCGCUCCCGCUCCUUACGCCAAGAAGUCCACUUCCAAGGCCCCUGCUAACCCCUUGAUCGAGAAGACUCCCAAGAACUUCGGUAUCGGUCAGGACAUUCAACCUGUUAAGGAUCUUUCCCGCUAUCGCCAGCGCAAGAUCUUGAACCAACGUCUUAAGGUCCCCCCAACUUUUAAUCAGUUCACCCAGGUCUUGGACAAGAACACUGCCACCCAGUUGUUCAAGCUCGCCAACAAGUACCGUCCCGAGACUCGCAUCGAAAAGAAGGAGCGUUUGACCGCCGCUGCUGCUGCUCAAGUUGAGAAGAAGGGCGAGAAGGCCGAGACCAAGAAGCCCUAUGUCAUCAAGUAUGGUAUCAACCACAUUACUGCCUUGGUUGAGGCUAAAAAGGCUUCGCUCGUCGUCAUUGCUGAUGAUAUGGGUAUCCCUUACGUCAUUGUCAAGGGCAAGGCUCGUCUCGGAACUGUUGUCCACAAGAAGACUGCCACUGCUCUUGCCUUCACUGAGGUCCGUGCUGAGGACAAGUCCGAGCUUUCUUCUUUGAUCUCGGCCAUCAAGUCCAACUACACCGAGAAGAACGAGUCUGCUCGCAAGCUUUGGGGCGGUGGAAUCAUGGGCUUCAAGUCCAAUAUUAAGAUGGCAAAGCGCGCUAGCGCCGUCAAGAACUCCUUGUAA